GCGUGCGCAGAGUUGACCAAUCCCUUCUCGCGCUGUUCUUACACCCGGCACGCAGUGGCGCGAAAACCUCGUCAGUGUGCAGUGGGACGACAGCGAGGCGCAACCCGCAGAAGACCCGCAGACGACCCGCAGAACAGCGUCUGACUCUAAAGCGUGAUCAAUCGUCUCCCACCAUGUCUACCAACGUCGCAGACGACCAGGCGAUGAGAGAGGCUCAGAGGGACUACCUGGACUUCCUGGACGACGACCAAGACCAGGGGGUUUACCAGAGCAAGGUCCGGGACAUGAUCAGCGAGAACAAAGGCCGCCUGGUGGUCAACAUCAACGACCUGAGGAGACGCAACGAGGCCCGGGCUGCAAAACUGAUGAGCAACGCCUUCGAGGAGCUGCUGGCGUUUCAGCGGGCCCUGAAGGACUUCGUGGCCACCGUGGACGCCACCUACGCCAAGCAGUACGAGGAGUUCUUUGUGGCCCUUGAGGGCAGCUUCGGCACCAAGCACGUCACCCCCCGAACCCUGACCUCCCGCCUGCUGGGCAGCAUGGUGUGUGUGGAGGGCAUCAUCACCAAGUGUUCCCUGGUGCGUCCUAAAGUAGUGCGCAGCGUCCACUACUGCCCGGCCACCAAGAAGACAAUCGAGAGGAAGUACACCGACAUGACCUCGCUCGAUGCCUUCCCCACCAGUGCCAUCUACCCCACCAAGGACGAGGAGAACAACCCCCUGGAGACAGAGUUUGGCCUCUCCGCCUACAAGGACCACCAGACCAUCACGGUGCAGGAGAUGCCGGAGAAAGCCCCGGCCGGCCAGCUGCCCCGCUCUGUGGACAUCAUCCUGGACAACGAUCUGGUGGACUUAGUCAAGCCGGGAGACCGAGUGCAGGCCAUCGGGACGUACCGCUGCCUGCCCGGCAAGAAGGGAGGGUUCACCUCCGGGACGUUCAGGACCAUCAUGAUCGCCUGUCACGUCAAACCGAUGAGCAAGGAAGUGUCACCCAACUUCUCAGCGGACGACGUGGCCAAGAUCAGGAACUUCAGCCGGAUCCGCUCCUUGGAUGUGUUUGAUCAGCUGGCUCACUCCCUGGCUCCCAGUAUCCAUGGCCACCAGUACAUAAAGAAGGCCAUUCUCUGCAUGCUGCUGGGCGGCGUGGAGAAGGUGCUGGAGAACGGGUCGCGCAUCAGAGGAGACAUCAACAUCCUGCUCAUUGGCGAUCCAUCGGUAGCGAAAUCCCAGCUGCUGCGUUACGUGCUUCACACAGCACCCAGGGCCAUUCCCACCACCGGGCGGGGCUCCUCUGGAGUGGGUCUGACCGCCGCGGUGACCACCGACCAGGAGACCGGCGAGCGCCGCCUGGAGGCGGGCGCCAUGGUGCUGGCCGACCGCGGCGUGGUGUGCAUCGACGAGUUCGACAAAAUGUCCGACAUGGACCGCACAGCCAUCCACGAGGUGAUGGAGCAGGGCCGCGUCACCAUCGCCAAGGCCGGCAUCCACGCGCGCCUCAACGCCCGCUGCUCCGUGCUGGCGGCCGCCAAUCCCGUCUACGGCAGGUACGACCAGUACAAAACCCCCAUGGAGAACAUCGGCCUCCAGGACUCCCUGCUGUCGCGUUUUGACCUCCUGUUCAUCGUGCUGGACCAGAUGGAUGCCGAGCAGGACCGUGAGAUCUCGGACCACGUGCUGAGGAUGCACCGCUACCGAGACCCCCGCGAGCAGGAGGGAGCAGCCAUGGCUUUUGGCGGGUCGGUCGACGUCCUGGCUACUGAAGACCCGGACGCCAUAGUGGAGGAGCACGAGGAGCUGCAGAUCUACGAGAAACACAACAACCUGCUGCAUGGAACCAAGAAGAAGAGAGAUAAGAUUUUGAGCAAGGAGUUCAUGAGGAAGUACAUCCACAUCGCCAAGGCGGUGACACCUGUGCUGACUGAGGAGGCAGCCAAUCACAUUGCAGAGGAGUACUCGAGGCUGAGGAGCCAGGAGCAGAUGGGUGCCGACAUGGCCCGGACCUCUCCGGUGACGGCCCGUACGCUGGAGACGCUGAUCCGGCUGUCCACGGCACACGCCAAGGCCCGCAUGAGCAAAGCCGUGGAGCUGGAGGACUCGGAGGUGGCCGUGGAGCUCGUCCAGUUUGCCUACUUUAAAAAGGUCCUGGAGAAGGUGAAGAAACGCUCGAGACAGGAGCGGGACUCGGGUUCAGAGGAAGAAGAGGAGUCCUCCACGCAACGUUCACAGAAAACCGAGAAAAAGAGGGGGCGGCCUGGUUCUCAGGGCAGCGAGCCCUACAGCCCGUAUGAGUUCAGUGAGGAGCAGGAGGUUCCUGAGAUUCAGGCCGGGACCCCCAAGCCAGCCAAGCCCCAGCAGGAGGAGGAGCCCAUGGACGCCGCCUCGCAUGCUGGAGACUCGCAGCUUUCCGCAGAGAGGCUGAAGGAGUUCAAGUCGUCCCUGUUCGCCGUGUUCCAGUCUGCUCACGCCCAGUCGGUGAAGAUGACCAACCUGACGGCCGACAUUAACAAGGGGCGAGAGAGCCGCUUCACGGAGCCCGAGGUUCGCAGCGCCCUGGCUCGCAUGCAGGAUGACAACCAGGUCAUGAUGGCCGACGACAUCAUCUUCCUCAUCUGAGGGGCUGGCGGAGAUUGCAUGGUCUUAAAAAGAAACCGGGACUUGUAUUCAAAUGUACAUUAAUUGUUUUACUCUCAUGCACCCUCUGUUCAUCUCUUUAUGUUGCACACGCAAAAAACCCACUAAACAGCUGAUCUCUGUCCCUACCCAUGAUUAUACACAGUUUAUUCUCCCGAUGGAUUGGGGUCCACUGUGGGGCGAUGGCUCCGUUGAGCACUGACCCCUCUACUGCUCAUUGCUACGUCGGGGUUCACCAACACGUCUGGAUUUGUAUAUAGUUCACAAGAAGUUUUGAAAUUGUAACUGUUCUAACUAUUAGAAAAUAAACAUGUGAUGGGACAUGA